CGUAAGAAGAGAGUCUUGCGCAUGUACCAAAUCAAACGUGGCAUCUACUCCCUUAAACAGGGUGACUUGUCUGUUGCAUCCUUCUUUGCAGCCCUGAAGACUAAAUGGGAGGAACUGGACUAUCAUGUGAAUGAUGACUGGCAUUGUGGUUCUGAUCAUGCCCUGUACCGGGAAAAAGAAUGGAUGGACCGGACCUUCAUUUUCCUUGGAGGAUUACGUGAUGAAUUUGAAUCCAUUAGGAGCCAAAUUCUAAACUGUGACGAGAUUCCUGGGAUUGAGGAGGUGUAUGCCGGGGUAGAAUCUGAGGAACAACGUCGCCAAGUCAUGCAUAUUGACUCCAGCCAGGGGAGUUCUCCCUCAGCGUUUGUUAGCCGUGCCUCUAGGACUGGACAACGUCCUGUUCGGCGUUGUAGUCAUUGUAACAAGUUGGGGCAUUCUGUGGAUUUUUGUUGGGAUAUUCAUCCCGAGAAGAAACUUGUUCGUGGUCGUCCUCCUUCUAGUCGGCGAGGGUCGUCUGUGCUUGACUCUAGUCAGGGUAAUUCAUCACAUGUUGAAAAAUCAAAGCUUUCCUCUGAGCAAAUCAAGGAGUUGCAAGCUUAUAUCAGCCGGCUUUCUACUACACAAGAGGAAACUUCCACGACCGAGGGAGCUAAGUUAGCUCAAGCUCUUGUGGCCACAAGUGAUCAAGGACUUGGUGACGGGGAAGAAGAUUGGGAUUGGUUCGGUUAUUGAUGGGCUCUACAGACUGCCCGUGCAAGUUGCGUCUGCAUUGAUUUCAGCCACUAGUGGACAGUUGUCAGGUGUGGAAGACAGGUCUAUCAUUAUGCGAUGGCACGAGCGUCUUGGACAUCUCCCAUUCCAGUUGAUCAAGAAGUUGUUUCCUAGACUUUUUACGUUUGUUUCCAUUGACUCCUUCACAUGUGAAGUGUGUCAGUUGGCUAAGCAUGUCAGGGCUUCGUACUCUAUUUCUUUCAAUAAAACCACCCGUCCAUUUGCUUUGGUUCAUUCUGAUGUUUGGGGUCCUUCGGGAGUACCCACGUGUCGUGGUUUUCAUUAUUUUAUGACUCUUAUUGAUGACUACUCCCGUUGUACGUUCGUGUACCUGUUGAAAGAACGUAGUGACGUUCCGGUCAUUGUAAAAAAUUUUGUGGCUUUUGUUGAGACUUAGUUUCAGACCUCUGUUCAGGUUUUCCGCACUGAUAAUGCUAGAGAGUAUGUCUCUCAAUCUCUAGAUGAUUUCUUGAAGAGUAAGGGUAUUGUUCAUGAAACGUCCUGUAGUUACACACCUCCCCAAAAUGGCGUGGUUGAACGUAAGAAUCGCCAUUUAUUAGAUGUCACUCGGGCUAUUAUGUUCCAUCGGCAGCUUCCUAAGCGCUACUGGGGUGAUGCACUUCUCACUAGUGCCCACCUUAUUAAUCGUAUGCCUACCCGUGUGUUGCAGGGUCAUUCCCCAUAUUCUAUGCUGUGGCCCACUCAGAAUCCCUGGCCUCUUACUCCUCGGGUGUUCGGGUGUGUCUGU